AUGUCGAAGCGCUCUGAAUCCGAUGCAUCCACCGAUGAGUCCAACAAGAGACCUCGCCUCGAUAUCAAUGAGCAGAUCAAGCGUGCUGGCAUCCUCGCAACUCAGCUACGCGACGCCGCUACAUCUAGCGGUGAGGAUACCAAGGCUUCUGUUGCUAGUGAGAUCGCCAGCGACGAACUGAUAUGCAUCUUCGAGAGUGUGCAGGAAAAGACUGCUGGCACUUCCAGAAUCGUCGAUAGUCUUAUCGCUGCUCAAAUCAAGGCCAAAAUUCGCGAUAUGUGGAAACUUCUCCGUCGCGCAAACGGUGGAACGCAACCUCUUGGGGUCGAGAUUGAAGAGCACCUGACAUCGGACUGGUCAGGGUUCUUCUGGGAUGAGAUCUUCCGGUUCGUCAAGGAGAGAAUGAAGAAUGCCACUUCGGAAGACCGUGCGACACAGAUCAAAAAUCUGGUGCGGAUAGCUGUGCGCGAGAGACUCCUGGAGGGUGUUGGAAAGAAGUUCGAUGGCAUCACCCAGAAUUUCUAG